AUGAGAUACCAGGUAAAAAUCAAGAAUAUUAGAGUAGAGGCAAUCAUUGAUAUGGGAGCCGUCAUGAGCAUUAUCUCAAAGAAACUGAUGGACCGGUUGAAACUAAAAAUUGAUGAGAAGUCAAUAAUGACAAUAGUAUCUAUUACAGGCAUAAGGACUAGGGCAUUAGGAAAUAUUAAUAACCUGAAAAUAUCAAUACAAGGAAUGCUGAUCCCGACACCAGUACAAGUGGUCGAUUUCAAGAAUGAGAUACUGAUCUUAGAAAAUAACUGGUUCGAAAAGAUCAAGGCAAGGAUCUAUAUUGAUGAACAAAAGUUAGUACUGAAAUACGAGGGUCAAAAGAUCAAGGUUUCGAUUACCAAUGAUAGAGCAAGAAAGGUACCCGCUAAUGAAACUGAUGAUGAUAAGCAAUAUAAUAAAGAACAGGCUGAUAAACUAUUAGACGAAAUCGUAUAUAAGGAAAAAAAAGUAAAAGAAAAAAAAGUGUAUUAUACAGAGGAGUCACGUAGUGAUUCAGAUUCCAAUGAUGAUAUGCAAUCCGAGUCAUAUAGUGACUCAGGAUCCAAUAAUGAGACAAGAUCUGAGGGAUCAAGCCCUGCCAUGUACUUCACCCAGAUCGGAGAAUCAUUGCCAUUAGAAGAGGAGAAACUGAGUAAAGAAGUGAAUAUCGAAAAAGGCAACAAGACAAGCAUUAUCACGGAGGAAAUUCAAACAGAAGUACCGGAGGAAUCAAGCUAUAUUGAGAACGAACAAAUCGUUAAGUCAGCAAUCAAUAUUGAUACUGGCAUGCUCGAAGAAGAUGCCAUGGCACUAAUUGAGGAAUUGCUGAUGCCGAUGGAGCUGACGCAAGAGGAAGACAUCGAAGAAAAAAUAGAGAAACUGGAGAUGGAUGACGAAUUUGCAGCAGAGCAGGUGGAACAGAUAAAAGACAUAUUGAAACAAGGGCAUGAUGUGUUUGCACAAUCUUACCAUACAACUUUACCAGAAACAAAAGAAGGAGAUAAGGGGAAGGAAUAA